CCAUUCUUCUCCUUCCCGAUUUCCCUCUUUGCUGUUCGCACGCCAAAAAUUUUUUACGGGUCAAGUUUUUUCAUCGCAAUUCGCUAAUAAUUCGGUCGCUGACGUCGGGCUGCGUCAGGGAAAUGUGAAUCCUUUCCUUUGCCCACACUUCUUCCGUCCGUUUAUAUCUUCCUGUCAAAGCGUCUAUCUGUCUAUCCAUCUCCUCGUCGAUCGCUUCGGUGCCCGUUGUUCCUCAAUUCGUCAUCUUGACUGUGUUGGGAUUAGGAAUCUCGUCUGGUGAGGAAGAAAGGAGAGAUGGGUUCUCAGGAAGAAGAGAGAUUGCUCUUAGAAGACGGACUUCCGGAGAAAAAGCAGAAUGGACUGUACACUGGAGAUGGCUCUGUUGACAUCAAUGGAAAUCCGGUUUUGAAGAGAAAUACUGGGAAUUGGAGAGCUUGUCCUUUCAUCCUAGGCACUGAAUGUUGUGAACGUUUGGCCUUCUAUGGGAUUGCUACAAAUCUUGUUAGUUAUCUGACCAACAAAAUGCACGAGGGAAAUGUCUCUGCUGCAAGAAGCGUUACCACUUGGUCAGGCACUUGCUAUCUUGCGCCUCUUAUUGGAGCGGUGGUAGCAGAUGCUUAUUGGGGAAGAUAUUGGACGAUUGCUGCCUUCUCCACAAUUUACUUCUUUGGAAUGUGUACCUUGACUCUUUCUGCAACCGUUCCAGCAUUGAAGCCUGUAGAAUGUGUUGGUUCUUUAUGCCCGACAGCUACCCCAGCACAGUAUGCAGUGUUUUUCUUCGGACUCUAUCUGAUUGCCCUGGGAACUGGUGGGAUCAAGCCAUGCGUGUCGUCUUUUGGAGCAGACCAGUUUGAUGACACUGAUCCUAGAGAGAGGAUGAAGAAAGGAUCCUUUUUUAACUGGUUUUACUUUUCCAUUAACAUCGGUGCUCUUAUUUCCAGUAGCUUGUUGGUUUGGACUCAAGAAAAUGCUGGCUGGGGCUGGGGAUUUGGUAUUCCUGCAUUAUUCAUGGGGAUUGCUAUCGCCAGUUUCUUCUCAGGCACGCCUCUUUAUCGUUUCCAGAGACCGGGGGGCAGUCCCAUCACACGGAUGUGCCAGGUUUUAGUUGCCUCGUUUCAUAAGUGGAACAUCAAGGUACCUGAAGAUGGUAGUCUCCUUUACGAAACGCAAACCUCGGCGAUUGAAGGAAGUCGUAAACUGGGGCACACCGAUGAACUGAAAUGUCUCGACAAAGCUGCUGUACUCUCAGAUGCAGAGGCAAAAAGUGGGGACUACAACUCGUGGAGGCUGUGUACGGUGACACAAGUGGAGGAGCUCAAGAUUCUAAUCCGCAUGUUCCCCAUCUGGGCCACUGGAAUCGUGUUCUCCGCUGUUUACGCACAGAUGUCCACAAUGUUCGUGGAGCAAGGCAUGAUGAUGGAUACCACUGUCGGUUCCUUCACCAUCCCGCCGGCAUCCCUCUCCACAUUCGAUGUCAUCAGCGUGAUCUUCUGGGUCCCGGUAUAUGACAGCGUCGUCGUUCCCAUUGCCCGAAAAUUCACUGGAAAGGAACGUGGAUUUUCGGAAUUGCAGCGGAUGGGGAUUGGCCUCUUUAUCUCUAUGCUCGCAAUGUUAGCGGCUGCUGUGGUGGAGAUAAAGAGGCUGCAAUUGGCUCGGGAGCUUGGUUUGGCCCACCAGGAUGUGGCGGUCCCACUCAGCAUCUUGUGGCAGAUACCCCAAUACUUUCUUAUUGGUGCAGCUGAGGUUUGUACCUUCAUUGGACAGCUCGAGUUUUUCUACGAUCAGUCUCCUGAUGCCAUGCGGAGCCUGUGCAGCGCACUCGCGCUCUUGACAACUGCGCUAGGUAAUUACUUGAGCUCUUUGAUUUUGACACUUGUGACGUACUUCACGACUUCUGGUGGCAAGGCCGGGUGGAUUCCAGAUAACUUGAACGAGGGGCAUCUUGAUUAUUAUUUCUGGCUGCUGGCUGGACUCAGCUUCUCGAACUUGCUGGUCUACUUCGUUUGUGCCAAAAAGUACAAGCACAAAAGGGCCACUUGAGGCUUGCUCCAAGUCUUUUACAUGAUGAAUCCGUCAAGAUGAUUCGGCCCUUACUGUAUAUAGGAAUUAAGCAGGUCAUUUGCUUAUGUACUCGUCCGACAAACAAUAAUCGCUGCAGUUUCAUCUGAUUUAUUCCUCUU